AUGAAAACGGAGAGGAAGGAUUUUGAGAAGAAGCAGAAGCAGAAGGUGAGAGUACUAAGGAGAAAAGUGAAAGCUCUUGAGCUUAAGUUAGCAGAUCAGUAUGAAGGAGGUUGGGAUGGGAUUGAGGGAUACGAUAAUCAGUAUGAAGNAACUUGGUGUGAUGCAAAUGAUUCUGGAGAAAAGGGAAAAGGAAANGAACCAGAAGGAGAAGAAAAAGAGAAAGAGAAACAGAGAGAAGAAAUAGAAAAACAGNGAGAAGAAAAAGAGAAACAGAAAGGAGACACUGAAGAAGAAGAGAAAGAAGAAGAAGAUGAUGAAGAAGAGAAAGGUGAAGAAGAGACAGAAAAAGUAGAGAUAGGAAAGUCAAAUGAAGAGAAAGAUGAAGAAGAGCAAGAUGAAGAAGAGACAGGAGUGGAAGAGACAGUUGAAGAGGAAGAAGUGAGCAAUGAAGAAGAAGAAGAAAUGGAGAAAAGACAGACAUGA